AUUCUGGGGUGGCUGCUUGUUCCCAAAACAAGCAUGGCCGCCUAAGAAGUAAACAUGCCUGUGUCGGAGAGGUAGUUUCGGUUUGUGAUUGUACGAUUAAGGCGCGAUGUCGGGGGAAAGUCUUUCCUGUACGAUCCCGAGGUGUUCAGUGACGUGUCUUCUGAGGAUUCAUCCUGUGUGACAGCUGGAGAAUAUUUUAUAGGAAUAAAAUGGCCCCAGCUCGAUCUUCAAUUGGCUACCCUUGGAUUCUCGAUGCGAUAACAAAAUAUAAAGGAGAAGCUUUCAUGCUUAAACCAGCACCUGCCCAGGUCGUUGAGUUUCUAAAAAUGCCAGAACGAACAGAAGAGUGUCAGUAUCCAGGAGCUGUUGUACAUAUUUCUGAUCGGCAGUACUACAUCAGAGCUAUCAUCACAAGGGAGGCACAAGAAACUCUAGAAAGAGAAGAUGAGCAUUUUACAUUGGCCCAUAUCAAGAACAAGAUUGUUAUCCUGAAAAAAUUCACACUCUCCUUUGCUGCAGAAGAAGAUCUGAGAUGUUGUGAAUUUUAUCUGACCAUUGAACAUUUUUGUAUACUGGCCAUGGAGAUAAACACAGUGGACUUAUUGAACUGUAAUGUGGAGACAGGAGUCAUGAAAAAGAUCAAGGAACUUUGGCAGAUGUAUAUGACAGAGCUUCAAACGAAGGAGACCAUGUCAGACAUGAACUCAUCAGAUAUGUCGCUUACUCAGUUACUUAUGAUUGUAAGUGAAGAAAGGCUUGGUGAGUUGAAGUCCGCUGCUGAACAGUGUCUUCACCUUGACUCCUUUGCCACCCAAGAGAUUGCACCACAAGCUAGAACAAUAUGGAGUACAGAAAUGAGAAACAACCAGAGCAAUGACAACAGUUUUUCAAUUCCUAUACAUUUGCUCCUUAUCCCUCCAGAAGAAGAAGCAGCUCUAGAGCAGAUGUCAGGGUUCAGACCCGAUGUUAAUCCUGGCCGUGAUGCUGAUAAUUCUGAAGAAUUGAAUUCUGAAGGAUCAGAUUCUUCCCAACAAUAUAACAGUGCAGUAUCCACACUCUCUCAGGAGCCCAUGGAGGAUGCCUGUAACGGUCAGACAGUAAAUCCGUGGAACAACUUGCCAUCCCUUUAUGCCAGUGAAUCUAUAAGUUCUCCCCAUCAAUAUAACAGUGCAGUAUCAACACUCUCCCAGGAGCCCAUGGAUGAUGCUUGUAAUGGUCAGCCGGUAAAUCCCUGGAACAACUUGCCAUCCCUUUGUGACAGUGACUCUAUAAGUUUUCCUGCCUCAGACCCUUCUGUCGUUCAGCAGAACAGUGAGAAAGACCCAGCUACUGAUUCAGACACCACGCCAGAUAUACUUCACUACCAUCAAGAUAAGUCUAUCCAUCGCUCCUCUGAAAGCCAGGAUGAGAUCCCCACACUGAACCUUUCUAAACUACUAUCUGAACAGGCAGAGCCUGAAGCAAAAACCUCUUCAAGCUCAAAUCAGAAAGGAGCUCCGCAAUCUGAUUCUGCUCUUCCCUCUAGUCAGAGGAGACUUUCAGACUGUAGCCAAAGCUUGCUUGGCUUGAUGCCUCUUGUCCAAGAUUCCUCAAGUCUGAUACACACUUCUCCGCAAAGAAAGGUAGCCUUGGAAAGAAAACUGCCCAUAAGUCCCAUUUCAUCUCAUGGUUCAGAGAGCAAACGUGAUUCUAACAUUAUUCGAACCAUUUUGCCAGAAACCAGUAAGAGGGACAAUGAGACAUGUCAUAGCCCCAGGGAGUGGAGGGCAGUGAAGAGGAAGCAAGCUCCAGAAGAUCUAGAUACCAUACUCUCUGCCCCAGCUCAACAAGCAUCUGUACAUAGAGAAAUACCAGAUUGUGCAGCUGCUGUGAUUUCUUCUGUACCUACUACAAACAAUGGAGCCCAGACUGAAACCAACAGCGAUGUUGAAGAAAGAAGCAAGACCAUUAAUGGCUCCCGUAUGGAUAAAAAGCAAACAAGGACAGAACAGGUAAAUAAAAUGGCAAGCAUUGAAACUGCAGUAGCAUCUGGGACAGCUGCACUCAGAGACAAAACACUGCCUAAUAAACCCUGUCUAGAAUUUGUGCGUAAAUCAAAAAGGAAGAUUGUAGAAAACUCUGAGAAUAAAUUGCCUGCGGCAAACCUGGCAACAACAAGCAGAAUUGGCUCAAAAGGUCUUUCCAGCAUAUCUCAGGGACAGACCUCUACCUUGCAAGCACCUGUUCUAGAAAUGAAGAAGACUAAAAUGAUACACUAUGACAGCAAGUCUUUCCAGUAUAAGUACAAGAAUCCAUCAACUGAUCUCUGUACUUGUGUGAAGGCAGUGCGGAUCCCUGCAGACCUGCAUGAGUGGGCAGUUAAGAUUCUUUCUGAAGCCAGAGAAACAGAUCCAUAAGCUUUAUCCUGCUCUUUCCGAAACUGAGAACCCCUUUACCUCCUGCCAAGGAGUAAACAGAAGAGUGAGCUUAGAUGGGCAGACAUCACACAGAAAACGAUGGGCAGUCCUCAAAAGCAUAAUUUCUCCCACUCUGCUGACGAAUUAAGAAAAUGUUGUUCCUUUUUCUUCAGAGACUACACACUUGUGCAGAGAUUUUUCCAGCAAGUUGGACAAUGUUGUUCCAUUAAUCACUGUUUUUGGCAGUCUGAGCAUCUUUUAGGGUAGCUAGAUACAACCUAUCCCCCACCUGAUUGUCACAAGCAAUAACUCAAUCGGAUACAUUGCUCGGAUAGAUCAGGUCAUAUAGGGCCACCCUUAUUUACCUCUGGUUCUUUUAAUAUAUUUUUAUAGUACUACAAUUUAAAUGUGUAUAUAUUAUACCACUUUAUGAAGACGUGCUUGCUAAAUGUUGUUUUUUAUAGCAAAAAAGAAAAGAGUUCUACAUCUUCCAAAAAAAGUUAAAUACAUUCUAAUAAAAUACUUGCAAUACCCA